AUGGACAAGGCGCUGCGGGACGCCGCGCGACGGUGCGUCGAACGCGCGCAGCACGCGUUGCUUCCGGAACCGUCGAGCGUGACGAACGAUUACUGGGAGUACGCCAAGUUUAGGUUCGCGCAACGCAUCGCGUCAAGCUGUAUUUCGGUGUUCGCGACGCAGCAAAUGCUCACGGCGGUCGGAUUGGGGGCGAGUCGCACGCUGCCGGCGGCGGCGGCGGUGAACUGGGUAUUGAAGGAUGGUUUAGGACGUUUGGGGAAACUCUCGGUGGCGGCAAACUUUGGGAGAACGUUCGAUAGUGACGUGAAACGGUUCCGAUUCACAUCGAGCGUCGUAUACGACGCGAGCUCGUUCAUAGAGAUUAUCACUCCGUACUUUCCGCAGCACUUCUUACCCUUGGCGACGGUGGCAAACAUUGGAAAGUCAGUCGGUAUCACCACGGCGAACGUCGUUCGCGCGCCCAUACAGAGAACAUUCAUUCUGGAGGAAAACUUGGCCGAAGUCGCGGCGAAGACGAGCGCACAGCAAGUAUUGGCGGAUAACAUCGGCUUGGCUCUUGCUGUCGGCGCCGCCAAGGCGGUUUCCAAAGUCGCCACAGUGAGACCCGAGAUUCGACGCGCGUUGCCCGUCUUCGCGUUCGGGCCUCUUGCCGCGCUCGACUUGAUUUGCAUCUACAAGGAACUCAAAGCGGUCCAGCUGCGAACCAUCAAUAAGGAGCGCGCUGAGAUCAUCGCCGAGGCUUUCGUGAAGGAACGCGAAAUUCCGAGCAGAGCACACGUCGCUGACGCCGAAAGGUUAUUUAUACCG